UUUGUAAUAAUUUGUAAUAUAAUUUUGAUGGUUCUUUUCAUUUUUCCUCCGUAAAAUACAUUUAAAGGUGCACAGAACUGCAAUCGCAGAAUGGGCAAGGAGAAGGGAAGCAAGCCUAUAAAAAGCAAAGGAAAAAAGGAAGUAAAAGCAGCUAAACCACAGCCGAAACUCGAGGCAGAAAAGAGGCAUGUCUGUCAUGUUUGCUCCAAAGCUUUCGACAGACCAUCCCAUUUAACUCGCCAUGAACGAACGCAUAGCGGUGAACGUCCGUUUUCGUGCGAGAUUUGUGACAAAACGUUUAAAGAUAAGUCUCAUUUGGUCACUCAUAAUGAAACACACAACACUGAACGCAUUUACACUUGCAAUGAUUGUGGAAAGUCAUUUCAAACAUCCUCUAGUCUGUAUAGUCACAAAAGGACACAUGCUGAGGAUCAGAUGAAGUUAAGGAAGCACCAAUGUGGGACUUGCCUCAAGGUGUUCUUGAAGAAGUGUGAUCUUACAAGGCAUGAACGAGUUCAUACCAAUGAACGGCCAUAUGAAUGUCAGUUUUGCGAGAAACGGUUCAAAAUGAUGUCACACAUGAAGCGUCAUGUUAGGAUACACACCAACGAACGUCCUUAUCAGUGUCCUGAUUGUAAGAAGAGAUUCAAACAGUCGGUAGCAUUGGUUCAGCACCUGAGAAUUCACUCUGGUGAACGACCACAUGCUUGCACCUACUGUGAAAAGUCCUUCACGCAAGUCACCCAUCUCAUAAACCAUGAGCGAACACACACUGGUGAAUCCCCCUUUGUCUGCCAGAUAUGUCAUCAUGGGUUUAAGCAAGCAUCAGGGUUGUUGGCACAUGCCAGGACCCACGAGAACAUUAAAGCUCACGAGUGUGAAUUUUGCUCAAAGUCCUUUGUUAGCGAGAAAGCAUUGUUAAAUCAUGAGGCUAUGCACAGUGGAGAAAAACCCUACAAAUGUUCACAUUGUAAAAAGGCAUUUGCUCGUGAGUGUAAUUUGGAAACACACAAAAAAGUCCACAAGUCCCCAGAUGCCAAUGAAGCGAUGCCCUAUAAUUGUGGAAUUUGUAAAAAAGACUUUGAAACAGAGGUUCUUUUAUUGGCACACAAAGCUUUGUGCAUGGCUGAGAAGCCAUUUAGGUUUAUGGCCUACGAUGAUGUUUUUCCACAAGCCAAUGAAGUGCCAGGGAUUGCACAGCCAACCAAUAGCUGCAUGGCUGAGGUGGUUGUUACUAUUGAUAGUAGUGGAGAUGUGGACAGUGUAGAAAUAUCUGCACUGGUCAGUGACAAUGAACCUAUGGUGGAUGUUACAUCGUAGUUAAAAUAUUUGAAGUGUACAGUUUUUGAUAGAAAUAAAAAUUU